AAUAUUUAAUUGUGAUUACCAUAAAUGAUAAAUGAUUGACUAUUGGUGUGUUCUAUCAGUUAUCACCCGUUUAUUAAAGAAAUAUGCCACAAGAGGCCUUACUUUUGCAGUGACAUUACCACGGUAAGGGUAUUUUGUGCACAUUAUACCUUAUAGCGUCUCUUAACCAUGGUAAAAUCAGAGUAAAACUAUGACUUUAUGUGGAUUAUUGCUAUUUUACUCUGUUUUGAAAUAUUUAAGUCAUUCAAUUUUAUAAGACCUUAAACAGUGUUAGAUGUUCAGUAACAUUUGAUCUGAUGUCUCGUGACAUUUCAGUAAUUGGCCGACUGGAGAUUUCUGAAAUUCAUUCAAAUUACAGCAGCGAUAAUUAACUCAACAUAGGUAUGCAAAUUUCUCACUGAUUAUGCACAUACUGCAUUAAGACCGUAUCCCGUCUCCUUUUGUUUUGUUUUCAAAGCUUAAUAACGGAGUACAAUCAAAUGUUUUCUGUUCUAGAGUUAACGACACUUGAAAUUAGCAGCUACGAUGGAGGAAACAACCCGCCCAUUUAUACGAGCAAAACUGCAUUUACGUGUCGCAUAAUAGCGCAACACUUUUAGAAUCGGUUGCCUUGAUUGUAGCUGCUAACUUUAAUGCUAAUUAUGUGGUUUUUAUUUGUACGGUCGGUUUGAUUUGGUUUGCACUUUGGGUUGUUUCAUUGAUUUCUGUUUUUGUGUCUUUGUUUUGUUUCUGUAAUUAAAGCCGCAACGGCAGUUCUUCAGGUGGCUUAAGACCUUGUAAUUUUGCAUUGUUAUAACAUGCUUGAACAGACUCCAGUGGGCGAACGCAACCACUGGAGUGAAUCAAACUGUUUGGGGUCAAAGCAGGUUAACGCGGCAGACAUGUCGCGUGUCACGCAAGAAAUAAUCAGGCCACAUCAGUCAGAGAAAUGUAGCAGCUAAAAGCCUUGAGGUGGCCUUUUUUACUCUCUCUGUGUUUCCCCUAUUUUUCUCUUCUCCUCAUGUCAUUGUGUUCUGCAUCAACCCCUUUACAUCCCUCAGAGCUUCGAGAAGUUCGUCGCGUGCCCCCACGUUUCUCCAUCACGCCCCCCACCAUGCAAGAGAUCAUGCCAGGUGGUAGCAUUAACAUUACUUGCGUCGCCGUUGGCUCGCCCAUGCCCUACGUCAAGUGGAUGCUUAACUCUGAGGACCUGACACCCGAGGACGAGAUGCCAGUGGGCAGGAACGUUCUGGAGUUAAACGACGUCCAUGAGUCGGCCAACUACACCUGCAUGGCCAUGAGUAGCCUGGGCAUCAUCGAGGCUAAUUCCCAGAUCAUUGUUAAAUCCUUGCCAAAACCUCCAGGUACUCCUGUUGUAACCGAAACUACCGCCACCAGUAUCACCAUCACCUGGGACAGUGGCAACCCUGAGCCCGUCUCCCAUUACAUCAUCCAGUAUCGUGCCAAAUCUCCCGAGAGCAAGUUCGAGACCGUGGAAUCCAUCACCACCACUCGCUACAGCAUUGGAGGACUUUCUCCGAACACCGAUUAUGAAAUCCGGGUGUCAGCCUACAACACCAUUGGCCAAGGCCCGCCCAGUGAACCGGUUGAGGCUAGGACUGGGGAGCAAGCUCCCGCCAGCCCACCACGCAACAUCCAGGCCCGUAUCAUCUCCCAGAACACCAUGAUGGUACGCUGGGAUGAACCCGAGGAGCCCAAUGGACAGAUCAAGGGGUAUCGGGUCUACUACACCAUGGACCCAUCUCAGCCCAUGAGCAUGUGGCACAUCCACAAUGUACAGGACAGCGUGAUCACCACUAUUCAGAGUCUGGUGGCCACUGAGACCUACACCAUCAGAGUGUUAGCCUUCACGUCCGUAGGAGAUGGACCCUUCUCAGAUCCCAUUCACGUCAAAGUGCUUCAAGGAGUCCCUGGACAGCCGACCAACUUCCAGGUUGGUGAGGUGUCAGACACGAGUGUUGAGCUAACAUGGGAACCGGCCUUCGAGAAAGAGGGAAUCAUCAGUUACGAACUGCAUUACAGAGAGGGCAGGCAGGAAUCUCAGGUAAAGAAAACAUUCGGGCCAACCUCUUCCUAUGUGGUGGAGGGUCUACGUGCAAAUACAGAGUACUUCUUCUCUCUGGCUGCCGUCUCCAACAAAGGCAUUGGAGCCUUCACCAACGAAAUAUCCCAAAGGACAUCCCAAGCCAAGCCCUCCGCCCCCCCUCAAGACAUUAAGUGCUCCAGCUCCAGCUCCACCACCCUGCUGGUAAGUUGGCGCCCUCCGCCGGCUGAGAGCCAAAACGGGGCACUGGCCGGGUACAUAGUGCACUACGCGGUGGUGGGGGCCGGGGCCGAGGUCAGCACAGAGCCCGUGGAGGAACCAGCAGUGCCACCCACGUCCAGUCAGAUCCAGCUGCGGCAGCUGGAGAAAUGGACCUUUUACCGAGUCACUGUGGCGGCCUCCACCAGCGUGGGUCCAGGUCCCGAGAGCGAGCCACUGCUCUGCCGCACGGACGAGGACGUGCCCGGGGCCCCCCCUCGGCGUGUAGAGGUCGAGGUGCUCAACUCUACCUCCAUCAAGGUGAUGUGGCGCUCCCUGUUGCCAGGGAAACAGCACGGGCAGAUCCGCGGGUACCAGGUGCACUACGUCCGUGUCGAGAAUGGCGAAUCUCGCGGCCUGCCCCUCAUCAAGGACAUCAUGCUAGCCGAUGCACAGUGGGAAAUGGACGACACAGCUGAAUAUGAGAUGGUCAUCGGAGGCCUGCAGCCUGACACCACGUACUCCAUCACCGUGGCAGCCUACACCAUCAAAGGGGACGGAGCCCGCAGCAAACCCAAGCUGGUGGUGACUAAAGGAGCAGUGCCGGGGCCUCCCUUUCUCUCUGUCAAUCAAAACUCAGAGACUACUGCAUUAGUACGCUGGCAACCCCCUGAUUUCUUUGCUCCGGGUCUCGAGGUGCAGGGUUAUCGGCUACAGUUCGGCCGAAAGGACGUGAGCCCCCUGGCCACGCUGGAGUUCGGCCCUAAGGAGCUGGAAUAUUCCAUUAGCAAUAUCCACCGAGGGGCCACGUACAUCUUCAAAGUGUCCGCCAAGACCAGAUCAGGAUUUGGCGACGAGGCUACCCGAGAACUAAAAGUCCCAGAAGAGGUUCCUCGAGGGUAUCCUCAAAUAAUCGAAGGUUCUAACAUUACCUGCUGCUCUCUCCAAUUUGCCUGGUUGCCUCCGGUAUUGGCAGAGCGCAACGGCGCUAUAACAGAGUACACGCUGGCUUACCAGGAGGCCGGAACAGCCGGUGGACCCAAGGAACUGCGUCUGCCGGCAAGCGAGAACAUCUACACCCUCAACAGCCUGAGGCCCAACGCAGUGUACGAUGUGAAAAUCCGAGCACACACCAGUGUAGGUCCAGGGCCCUACAGCCCACCGAUCCAGUAUCGAACAGUGGCCUACGAAGCAGAUGUUCCUAAGAACUUCACCGUGAAGCUGGUCACCAAAACUACGGUACUGCUGACCUGGAGGUUUUCCGAUAGCCGCUUCCCAUACCGCUGUAUGAUUGAGUACCACCGGCAGAAGGUUGACAUUGACGCUAGGAUGACCAAAGCUCUCAUCACCAACUUGCGACCCAACAGCACCUAUGAGUUCAGAAUCACCUGCCAGGAAAGCAGCGACGGUGGACCCAAACACAAGCUCAUCGCACGAACGGCACCACCUAUUCUGGUCCGAAAGCCAGAGUUGGACCUGAAAAGAGAGCCGGACAGCACGCUGACCAUUGUCUUCCCACUGCUGGAAUCCAAAGAGUUGAUAAAGGCGGUCUAUGUUGUGGUGGUUCCUCUGAAGAAGGGAAGAGUUCCGAUCCGACACAUCAAGACCCCAGAUGAACUGGACCUAGAAGAGCUGCUGGGCAACAGAAGACUCGGUCAACGUCACGCUCGAACCACCCGUCAGCUCAAGCAGGUGGACGGGAAGCGGCCCUACAUCGCUGCCAGCUUCAAGCCCUCAUCCAUGCCGCCGUCCUUCACCCUGGGCAACCAGAUGGUGUACAGUGGCUUUGAAAAUAGGGCUCUGGACCCCGGGCAGGAAUAUGUGUUCUUUAUCCUCGCCGAGCUCAACACCACCGGAGGGAAAUCAUUUGUGUCCAGUCCCUACACGGAUCCAGUCACGGCUCCUGACGUGGACCCUCAGCCCGUGGAGACGGGAGGGGAUGGACUCAUCUGGGUGGUGGGGCCCGUUCUCGCUGUGGUCUUCAUAAUCUGUAUUGUGAUCGCGAUUCUCCUCUACAAGAAUAGCAAGCCUGACAGCAGCAAACGUAAAGAGUCAGAGCCACGGACGAAAUGUAUGCUGAACAACGCCGAUAUCACCCCUCACCAUCCCACAGACCCGGUGGAGAUGAGACGAAUCAACUUCCAAACCGCAGAUUCGGGUCUAAGCAGUCCUGUCAGUGAAGCCGGUUUUGACUAUGAAAGUAUGAUGAACCACCCGCCGAUACCCAUCUCUGAGCUAGCCGAGCACACGGAGCUACUAAAGGCCAAUGACAACCUGAAGCUCUCCCAGGAGUAUGAGUCCAUCGAUCCGGGUCAGCAGUUCACCUGGGAGCAUUCCAACCUGGAGGUCAACAAACCCAAGAACCGCUACGCCAACGUCAUCGCCUACGACCACUCCCGCAUAAUCCUGGCACCCAUCGAAGGUAUCACAGGCAGUGACUACAUCAAUGCUAACUACAUUGACGGCUACAGGAAGCAGAAUGCAUACAUAGCCACACAGGGGCCACUGCCAGAGACCUUCGGGGACUUCUGGAGAAUGGUGUGGGAACAACGAGCCGCCACCGUGGUCAUGAUGACCAGACUAGAAGAGAAGUCAAGGAUAAAGUGCGACCAGUACUGGCCAUGUAGAGGGACGGAGACCUACGGUAUGAUCCAAGUGACGCUCCUGGACACCAUCGAACUCGCCACUUUCUGUGUGCGCACCUUCUCUCUACACAAGAAUGGUUCCAGUGAAAAGCGAGAGGUCCGACAGUUCCAGUUCACCGCCUGGCCGGACCACGGCGUUCCCGAGUACCCUACUCCAUUCCUGGCCUUUCUCAGGAGGGUGAAGACCUGCAAUCCACCGGACGCCGGCCCCAUCAUCACCCAUUGCAGUGCUGGCGUGGGCCGCACAGGCUGCUUCAUCGUGAUUGAUGCCAUGCUAGAGCGAAUCAAGCAUGAGAAGACGGUGGACAUCUACGGUCACGUGACCCUUAUGCGCUCCCAGAGGAACUACAUGGUGCAGACGGAAGACCAGUACAGCUUCAUCCACGAUGCCCUCCUGGAGGCCGUCGCCUGCGGGAACACGGAGGUGGCAGCACGAAGCCUCUUCUCCUAUAUCCAGAAGUUGGCACAGGUGGAGACCGGAGAGCACGUCAGCGGCAUGGAGCUGGAGUUUAAGCGUUUGGCGAACUCCAAAGCCCACACGUCCAGAUUCAUAAGUGCCAAUCUGCCAUGCAACAAAUUUAAAAACCGCCUGGUAAACAUCAUGCCGUAUGAGACCACUCGAGUGUGUCUGCAGCCCAUCAGAGGGCUGGAGGGAUCCGACUAUAUCAAUGCUAGCUUCAUUGACGGAUACAGACAACAGAAGGCUUAUAUAUCCACACAAGGGCCAUUAGCAGAGACCACUGAAGACUUCUGGAGGAUGUUGUGGGAGAACAACUCCACCAUCGUGGUGAUGCUGACCAAACUGAGGGAGAUGGGACGAGAAAAGUGUCACCAGUACUGGCCAGCGGAGCGCUCCGCUAGAUAUCAGUACUUUGUGGUGGAUCCAAUGGCAGAGUACAACAUGCCGCAGUACAUCCUCAGAGAGUUUAAAGUGACGGAUGCUCGGACUGCAGCGAGAAUCAAAGAGAGCUUUAAUCAGAGCCGACUGGAGGAGGCGGAGCCUGGACGAGGCAUGAUGGGCCGCCGCCGCGCUCGCUUCGGCAGCGAACAAGUCACUUCUCAGUUUCAGAGAGUGUUUUUUAACACAAGCUUGUGCUUUCCUCAAUGCAGUGCUGGUGUUGGGCGGACCGGAGUCUUCAUCACGCUAAGCAUUGUGCUGGAGAGGAUGCGCUACGAGGGUGUGGUGGACAUCUUCCAGACAGUCAAAAUGCUGAGAACGCAACGUCCAGCAAUGGUGCAAACAGAGGACGAGUAUCAGUUUUGCUAUCAGGCAUCUCUGGAGUACCUUGGAAGUUUUGAUCACUAUGCAACGUAAAAAGCAAUUUUUGUUUUCCCCGCACCACAAACCCCCUCCCCCCAGCAGCCUCCUGAGCCAUAAAAACUUGCUUGAAAACAUGAAACGAUGACAACUAUACACAAUUCAUACAAUUUUUUCGAAUAAUCGUCUUUUGGAACCAAUCAAAACACCUCAUGUGUAACCCCAAUUGGACAAGCAACACUGGAGAAGUGCAAAUGGAUCCCAAACUCUUCUACAUCCCAAGCUCGUGAUGCAGGAACCAAACAUUUUGGCUCAGGCUGUAGGGCAGGAAUGACGAUCUAGUUUUGGGACCACUAACCUUACCUCAAGUGUUCUGACAUGGAGGACAAACAUAGUUUUUUUUCAAACUAACUCUGUGAACAUAUUACAAAAAGACAUGAGUUGACAAAAGACAAAGUUGGUGAGAUACAACAUGUCCACAUAUUAAAAUAUAGAUGAUGAGCACCUAAUUGGUUGGGUAAUUCGUUGGCAUUUAAAAUCCUUCUUUGUUUACUAAAAUGGAAAUGUUUUCAUUGAAAGGACAUCUAUCAGUCUAGCAGUGGACUUCAUUGAUGUCUUCAAUGGAGCAGUUGGUGCAACGGUACAAACAAGACUUCUUUUGCUGCUCACGUCUUGGGUCCAAGCCUCUCCUUGACAUGUUGCCAUUCGGACAAAAUUGGGAGCCACUUAAGAAGCAAUUUGAGGCAAACCGUUGAUCCACUUGAGAACGUAACCCUACUCUUGAAACCACUGGAGUCGCCAAACAAGAACUCGACAUCUUGAGGCACUGAGGCAUUCAAGGAAUUGGUUGAAACCUAAUUGCGUCAGUUUCUUGAGGUGGGGACAGUUUUUUGGUGCUUUCGAGGACAUGCUAGCGAACAUUUCUGCCAAUGUAGCUCCAUCUCCACCUCUCGAGAGCCAAUUGGAGCGUGAAAUGUUGCAUCAACUAGAAAUUAGGACCAGAGGAACCACCAAAGAAAGUCUUGAGUUUCUUUGGUGCAAUGUAGCUCCAUUUCUAUCCUUUAGAUCCAAUGGGGCCGUGAAAUGUUGCAUCAACUGGAGAUUAGGACCAGAGGAACCACCAACAAGGUUUUGAGAUUCUUUGGUGCAAUGUAGCUCCAUUUCCAUCCUCAAGAGCCAAUGGGAGCAUGAAAUGUUGCAUCAACUGGAGAUAAGGACCAGAGGAACCACCAACGAAGUCUUGAGUUUCUUUGGCGCAACAUAGCUCCAUUUCCAUCCUCAAGAGCCAAUGGGUGCAUGAAAUGUUGCAUCAACUGGAGAUAAGGACCAGAGGAACCACCAACGAUGUCUUGAGUUUCUUUGGCGCAACGUAGCUCCAUUUCCAUCCUCAAGAGCCAAUGAGAGCGUGACCUGUUGCAUCAAUUGGAGAUUAGGAUGAGAGGAACCACCACGAAAGUCUCGAGUUUCUUUGGCGACUACAUCCGAUACAUUGACUGGUCUCUACGUUGACUUAAACCAUGUAUUUGGCGCACCGGAUAGGGGUGGCUACAUCUUGCUUUCGGUACUUUGACGUCCCCAGUGACCAACGUUCAUUGCCAUCGUUUCAAACUACUUUUUGUCUUACAAUGUGUGA